CCCCGGGGGAGGGCCGGGGUCUCAGCCUCCCCAUCUUGUUCGCUCUGUGUCCACAGAAGGGGGCGAUGGCCGCGCGGCCCCCGCCGGGGCGCGGGCUCCCCGACGCCGGCGUCUGCGUCCCCGCGCGGCGGAGGCCGUGCAGCCCGCGCUGGCUCGGGCCGCGGCUGCCGGGGCUCCUGCUCCUCCUGCUCCUCCCGCCCCCGGGCGCCCUCUCCGCCGUGUUCCAGGUGGGGGUGCUGGGCCCCUGGGCCUGCGACCCCCUCUUCGCGCGCGCGCGCCCGGACCUGGCCGCGCGCCUGGCCGCCGACCGCCUGAACCGCGACCUCGCCCUGGACGGCGGCCCCCGGUUCGAGGUGGCGCUGCUCCCGGAGCCCUGCCGGAGCCCGGGCUCGCUGGGGGCCGUGUCCUCCGCGCUGGCUCGAGUCUCUGGCCUGGUGGGUCCCGUGAACCCCGCGGCCUGCCGGCCGGCCGAGCUCCUGGCGCAGGAGGCGGGGGUGGCGCUGGUGCCCUGGGGCUGCCCGGGCGCGCGGGCCGCGGGAACCACGGCCCCGGCCUUGACCCCCGCGGCAGAGGCGCUCUACGUCCUCCUCAGGACGUUCCGCUGGGCGCGCGUGGCCCUGGUCACCGCGCCGCAGGACCUGUGGGUGGAGGCGGGGCGCGCCCUGUCGGCGGCGCUCCGGGCCCGGGGCCUGCCCGUGGCCUCGGUGACCUCCAUGGAGGCCUCAGACGACGCCGGGGCCCGGGCGGCCCUCGCCAAGAUCCGGGCUGGGCCGGCGGUGAGAGCCGUGAUCAUGGUCAUGCACUCGGUGCUGCUGGGCGGCGAGGAGCAGCGCCGCCUGCUGGAGGCUGCGGAGGAGCUGGGCCUGACCGACGGCUCGCUGGUCUUCCUGCCCUUCGACACGCUCCACUACGCCGUGGCUCCGGGCCCGGAGGCUCUGGCCGCCAUCGCCAACAGCUCCCAGCUUCGCCGGGCCCACGACGCGGUGCUCACACUCACACGCCACUGUCCUCCCGGGGACAGCGUGCAGGACAGCCUGCGCAGGGCCCAGGAGCACCAGGAGCUGCCCCCCGACCUCGACCUGCGGCAGGUCUCCCCGCUGUUUGGCACCAUCUAUGACGCCGUCUUCCUGUUGGCUGGGGGCGUGGCGAGAGCACGAGCGGCGGUGGGGGGCGGCUGGGUGUCCGGGGCCUCGGUGGCCCGCCAGGUGCGGGAGGCCCAGGUCUCCGGCUUUUGCGGGGUCCUGGGAAGAAGCGAGGAGCCCUCCUUUGUGCUGCUGGACACAGACGCCUCUGGGGACCGGCUGUUGGCCACACACCUGCUGUAUCCCACCGGAGGCUCUAUGCGCCCUGCCGGGACCCCUGUGCACUUCCCUAGAGGUGGAGCAGCGCCGGGACCAGACCCUUCCUGCUGGUUCGAGCCGGAUGUGAUCUGCAGCGGAGGGGUGGAGCCAGGCCUGGUCUUCGUUGGCUUUCUCCUGGUGAUAGGGAUAGGACUGUUGGGGGCCUUCCUGGCUCAUUACCUGAGGCACAAGCUGCUACAGAUGCAAAUGGCCUCGGGCCCCAACAAGAUCAUCCUGACCCUGGAAGACGUCACCUUCCUCCACCCACAGGCGGGCAGCUCUCGAAAGGUGGCCCAGGGAAGUAGAUCCAGCCUGGCUGCCCGGAGCACCUCAGACAUCCGCAGUGUCCCGAGCCAGCCCCCAGAGAGCGCCAGCAUUGGCCUCUACGAGGGGGACUGGGUUUGGCUGAAGAGAUUCCCAGGGGAGCACUACACGGCCAUCAGGCCCGCAACCAAGACAGCCUUCUCCAAGCUGCGGGAGCUCCGGCACGAGAACGUGGCUCUCUACCUGGGGCUCUUCCUGGCGGGCACAGCAGACAGCCCUGCCGCCCCCGGGGAGGGCCUCCUGGCUGUGGUCUCAGAGCACUGCGCCCGGGGCUCCCUCCACGACCUCCUGGCCCAGAGAGACAUCAAGCUGGACUGGAUGUUCAAGUCUUCUCUCCUGCUGGACCUCAUCAAGGGAAUGAGAUACUUGCACCACCGCGGCGUGGCCCACGGGAGGCUCAAGUCACGGAACUGCGUGGUGGAUGGGAGGUUCGUGCUCAAGGUGACAGACCACGGCCACGGGAGGCUUCUGGAAGCGCAGAGGGUGUUACCCGAGCCGCCCAGCGCGGAGGAUCAGCUGUGGACAGCCCCAGAGCUGCUCCGGGACCCAGCCCUGGAGCGGCGGGGAACUCUGGCUGGCGACGUCUUCAGCCUGGCCAUCAUCAUGCAGGAGGUGGUCUGCCGCAGCACCCCCUACGCCAUGCUGGAGCUGCCCCCCGAGGAAGUGAUACGCAGGGUGAGGACGCCCCCUCCCCUGUGCCGGCCCUUGGUGUCAAUGGACCAGGCACCCAUGCAGUGCAUCCAGCUGAUGACGCAGUGCUGGGCAGAGCAGCCAGAGCUCCGGCCCUCCAUGGACCUCACCUUUGACCUGUUCAAGAGCAUCAACAAGGGGCGGAAGAUGAACAUCAUCGACUCCAUGCUGCGGAUGCUGGAGCAGUACUCCAGCAACCUGGAGGACCUGAUCCGAGAGCGCACGGAGGAGCUUGAGCAGGAGAAGCAGAAGACGGACAGGCUGCUCACCCAGAUGCUGCCUCCAUCUGUGGCCGAGGCGCUGAAGAUGGGCUCCUCUGUAGAGCCCGAGUACUUUGAAGAGGUGACGCUCUACUUCAGUGACAUCGUGGGCUUCACCACCAUUUCGGCCAUGAGCGAGCCCAUCGAGGUGGUCGACCUGCUCAACGACCUCUAUACGCUCUUCGACGCCAUCAUCGGCGCCCACGACGUCUACAAGGUGGAGACCAUCGGAGACGCCUACAUGGUGGCCUCGGGGCUACCGCAGAGGAACGGGCAGCGCCACGCUGCGGAGAUCGCCAACAUGGCGCUGGACAUCCUCAGCGCCGUGGGCUCCUUCCGCAUGCGCCACAUGCCGGAGGUCCCCGUGCGCAUCCGCAUCGGCCUGCACUCAGGUCCGUGCGUGGCCGGCGUGGUGGGCCUCACGAUGCCUCGGUACUGCCUGUUCGGGGACACAGUCAACACUGCCUCGCGGAUGGAGUCCACCGGGCUGCCGUAUCGCAUCCACGUGAACAUGAGCACCGUUCGGAUCCUCCGCGCCCUGGACCAGGGCUUCCAGAUGGAGUGUCGAGGCCGCACGGAGCUGAAGGGCAGGGGCGUCGAGGACACGUACUGGCUUGUGGGCAGAGUCGGCUUCAACAAGCCCAUCCCCAAACCGCCGGAUCUGCAGCCCGGGGCGAGCAACCACGGCAUCAGCCUGCAGGAGAUCCCUCUGGAGAGGCGCCUGAAGCUGGAGAAAGCCAGGCCGGGCCUGUUCACCGGGAAGUGAAGAGCCGCUGGGUGCAGGUCUGGAGCCAUCCCUUCCUGCCGUUGCUGCUGUACAGGACCAAUGCCCGAGACUUCUGUCCAACCCCGCGUCCAAGCGUUCCAAGCCGGGGUCUGCUGCAAACCAGCGAUGUGACCUUGGGAAGAUCUGAAGUGUUG